AUGACCAGCCCAGACUACCACUUAAUUGGCCUAUACACUCGCUAUUCCAGUAAGCACCAGAAACCCAACUUCAAGACAGAACCCCCACUAAGCCCUAAAUCAGGCUGGACAUCGCGCGUGGAAGCAGUCCUGGAGUACUUCCAGAUCCCGUACACCCAUCAAUUCGUCAAUAUUUCCGAAGUACUAAGUCCAUUCACACAUCCAAAUAGAUUCAACAACUUACAAUCCCAGAUAAAAGCCAUCUCGCCAACAGGUCUCGUCCCUGUCCUGCAAUGCCACUCCCUCUCAGCAACCAUAGGCGAUUCUCUCGCGAUCUGCGAGUUCCUCGCUGAGUCAAACCCCACGCUCGCUCUCUGGCCGAAAGAUCGCCAGCUGCGUGCUCUGGCCCGCACCACCGCGGCCCAAAUGCAUUCCGGGUUCCCUGUGCUCCGGAACAACUUCUACACGAAUUUCCUUGCCAAAUAUACCGGCAAUAUCCCGAUCCCUGACGGCGCAGCUGCUGAGCUUGUGCGAAUGUUCCAGAUUUGGGAUUCUGCGCGCAAGGCGACAAAGGAGCGUUUUGCUGUGCUCGGGGAGGCUGAUGAGGGCUUUUUGUUUGGCGGGUUCAGUAUUGCUGAUGCGUUCUUUUGGCCGGUUCUUUGGCGGUUCCGUUCGUAUGGCCUUUCGCUAGAGGGUGCUGGGCCUGACGCUUUGGAUUGGAUGGCGAAAAUGUGGAAUGAUCCUGUAUUCAAGACUUUGUCUGACAAGUACUUCCGUCAGGCUGAGGACCCUGAGACUUGUAUUGAGCAUUAUGAUGAUAUCUUCCGGGAUAAGUCUGAUGUGCAGUAUAGUCUGUUUUCCAAGGACUGGGUUUUCUCGGCGUCUGCUGGUGGGCAGUAA